AUGAAUGAUCAAAAAAAUAAUAUUUUUGCUUCGACCCGUUCUACUUACACGUCUGAUAUUGACACUUCUGGCGGAAAUGCUUCGACUACCGAUUUAAAUAAUAUUAAUAAUGAUCCUUUUGUAAUUUUAACUCGUUCUCAAUUUUUACUUUCGCCUCAACCUGAAUUUUCACAUUCUCAAUUUUUACACGGACAACAUUUAUUUGUUGAAACACAACAGCCUCAACCUUUUUUUACGCUAAAUCCUCAUCCAAGCCAUCAUCAGAAUGAGCCCAUUACUCCUCAACAAAAUAAUCAAGCUAAUACAAUUAAUAGUAACAUGAGUAAUAUGAAUAACAUGAAUAAUAUUGUUGAUAAUUUUGUCACUAAUACUUUUGAUUUAUAUCCAAUCGGACUACUACCACCACAACAGCAGAUCCAAUAUCCGCCAUCACUGCCGCAUUCUCAAACUACACAACAGCAAAGAGAACUUACGGCUUCGAAUUCUCAAGUAAGCUAUUAUAAUCACCAUCGAAAUGGACUGAUUAAUCCUCAAUCAAGUGAUCAAACACAAUUUGAUACACUUGCUGAAGCAGGCGUAUUAACUGAUUGA